GACGUGUUUUCAGCGCGUGCGCGUAGAAAAUGGCAUCCGAAGUGCCUUAGGGCCAGUGUUGGGCAGAAUAUAAUUUAAUUACAUUUGCCACAAUAAAAUGAUAUAUAAUCAUAUGAUAUUUGGGACGAAAUCGGGUUAGACGUUCGUAAGAAACAGUUUAUGCUUGUUUUUCUGUCGAAUCGAAAAUUGUCGAGCAAACAAAACCACAUGAUUUGUGAUAGAAUCAACAUGGCGGAAUGAUGUGUCUCGAAAAUUUAAAAAAAAAAUGGUUUAUACCCAACAACACAAAAUACUUCUGCAAACUAUCAUGCACGAAGGUCUUUUGGAUGAAAACACAGCAAAAAAUUUGAUUAUUAAAUUAUUUAACGAUGAUAAAAUAUCGGUAAUUAUGAAUCAGAUAAAUGAACAGUUACAGCCAUUAAACAUGUUAAUAAAAAAAGCUCAGUGUGAAAUUACAGGCCAGCUACAUUGGGUUUUAAUAAAUACUGUACUUGAUGAUGUUAUUAGCUUUCAGGAUGAGUUUUCAAAAGCACAGUUAACCUUGCUUAGAAACAUAUUUUCUGAAAUUAUAACAUCAAGUAAUGGAUGUGUUCAAAGUACAUUGUGUCUGAAUUUAUGUUCUUUGCCAGAUGUUAAAUUAUCAAAAGCAGAAGCAGAGGAAUUUCUAAAUGAUAUAGUUAAUAGGAAAUGGUUGGUUUACGAGAAUGGCCAUUACUAUAUGGGUGUAAGAAGUAUAACAGAAUUAAUGCCAUAUUUUAGAGCUACUUAUGAUAGUAACUUAGGUACCUGUUGCCUCUGUAAGCAAGUUAUUUUUCAUGGUGAAAAAUGUAAUCACUGUGAGAGUUUGUUACAUUUAUAUUGUUUAAAACGAUUUGCUAUGGUACACAACCCUGUGAAGUGUCCCAAUUGCAAUACAGUGUUUUCUGAUUUUAAUGUCUCUGGUAUAACAAUUAAUUCGUUGGAAUUGGCAGAUGAAAAUACGAAAGAAGUAAAGAAAACUAAUAAAAUGUUUUGAAAAGUA